GACCCCCACCCUAUUGACCCCCUCAGAGCUCCUCCCCAGCACCCACGCACUCCCCUGGGAUGCACCCUUCUGUCUUCACCGGACAGUGCACAGGGCUCACUGUGCUGCCCCUCUGACCUUCUGCCCCACGUCACUAACAACAGUGGAGAGGCUGGCAGGAGAAAGCCAAACUGAGACUUCUGCCCCGAUCCUCCCUUGGGGAGGGAGCUCUACACCACUCCAACAGUGCCACACUGCAUCAAAGCCAACCACUGCCUAGGGGAAUGCUUGGGGGGAGGUAGCUGUAGCACUGUCCUAACAGCUCCUAUACCAUCACCACCCCAACCUCUCAUGACAGGAGAGUAGACAGGGAUCCCAGUGACACCUGAUAGGAAACAUUUCAGAGCCAUAAUCUGAUGCACCAGAAAAGAUGAUAGACCCAAAUAUAAUAAUGAAACUCAUGGAUGAUCUUGCCAGAACCAGAAGGGAGUUCAGAGCAGCUGGACAUUUUGGGAGCCAGGAAGCUGCCCUGAGAGAAAAGCUCCGUCGGGCAUUCCCUAGAAUACUGCAGGGGUUCCUCACCAAAUUCAUCCAGUGCCACAGGAUGUGCCAGUUGUCUCCAAGUCUCUUUGAGAAGAAAAUUCAAAAGACCUCCCAAGACAAAACCAAACUGUUCUAUAUUGGCUGCAACCGUGAAAUAUCUCACUACUUGUGGGAAGCUGAACCACAGUCAAAAAGGUGGCUGGAAAUCAAGAUGAAGUACAGGAAAGCCUGCACAUAUUAUUGCCAUGCAGGAGAGUGGGAUGAGACCUGCACUGUAGAGCGACUUAUCAGGCAGUACUGUGGAAUCAGUCCCCAGUGCCUCAACGUCAAACGUACCAGAGCAAACCACUCUGGUAUCAUUUUUCUGUUGAUCUACAAAUUGAACAGAUAUCCGGGGGAAUGGUACCAUCACUUUCCACCAGUGGCAUUGAGUGAGCGUGAAGAAAAUGUUUGGGCACUAGAGAGAGAAAUCAUCUUUAGGAUCUGCCAAAUGGAAGACAAGAAUGAGCUAGUGCAGUUUUUGAAGACUGAUUUCUUCCAGGUGAUGGGGAAAUACCCACAUUACCUGAAGCAGUGCCGAGCCAUGACUGAGUUUCAUCCUUCUCUAUUCCUGCAAAACGUGGAACAGAUCCUCUGUGGGCUAAAGAGAUCAGAAGGUUUUCUGGUGGGGAUACUGGAUACUGAGUUAAUAUCCCUGCGACCUUACCUGUGGGAGAUCGGAUCUGCUAAACGUGAGCUGGAAGCGUAUAAGAAAGUACACACCUACUUCACUAAAGUAGAUGGAACCAUUGAUGUGAGGAGAUUCCUGGAGAAGAAGUGGUGGGAUCCUCGCUGCCUUAACAAUCGCACCCGUUGGUACCAAGGUGAGAGGGUACCCAUAGGGUCCUUCUUGUACCUGGUGAAAUUUUACAUUGGUCGUCCGCCUCUUAUGGAAGCUGGCUCACACUGCAAAUAUAGGAAAUUACUGAAAGACCCCUAUGUCUUGGGGCAGAGGAAGGGCCAUAGACGAACCAAUAUGGAAAAGAAGAAACAUCAGAGGAAAUACUUGUAAUUAAAAGUUUGGAAUGAAUAUUCAUUGUAUAUUCUGGACUCCCACUGUUGCUUUUGCAUACCCUGCCCACUUCUCUGAGACUAACCUAAAGAACUCUGAGUGCUAUUUUUCAGCUCUUUUGCUUUAGAGGGCCAAUAUUUUGAAGCCUCUUCCUACCUUCUCCUGCCAAGAGCCUAAGAGAUCCUCACAAACACUUUGAACAAAGGUGCCUGAAAUGGUGAAACCUGGUCCUACCUGUAAUGUCUUGUUGCAUCUUGCACCCAUUCUCCAUUACGGGGAUCUCUGGUUAACAUUUGUCAUUCAGCCAUAAUUCUAAUUGUGAGGCCUCAAAGGCAUUUAGGCACCUAAUUCUCAUUAAAAUCAAUCAGUUAGGUGGCUAAAUAUCUUUGAGGAUCUGGGCCAAAGUGCUCAAACAGGAUGUUGCUGAAGAGCCCAUAACAAAAGAAUGCACUUCUUUGCAUUUAUUGUCAUUUUUCAAAUUUAAUAAAAGAAGCAUUCAGAGUGA